GGGGGGGGGGGAAGAAUCGUGUAAGGGUGGAGGACCAUAGAGUUGGAAAGAAUUUUUUUAACUUGUACUGAUAUGAGUCGUGGGAGCUGGGAACAUGAUUUUAAAAGCACGCCACCACAGGCUGCAAAACAUCAUUGCAUGCACUACAAUAAUGUAAAGAUCUCAUAAUCACGUAUUAUUAUGUAUAUUGGAUGGAUUCUGGUUAUGCACUUGAUAAUAAUUGUUUUAGAUUCUGGAUAUUGACAAUGAUGGUCAAAAUGUACCCUUAAUUACCUUGUACCAAAACAGCAACAGUGACAUUGACUUGUAUAGGAUUAAAAACUAUCAGAAUUGGUAAUGGUUUAGACGACGGUUUAGUUUUGUCCCUGAGCUUGUGUGCAUGUAUUCAACUCCAAGGAAAAAAAAAUCGAUGAACCUUUUGAUGGUAAUCUGUUUCCAGCUCUCUGUGCCAGAGGAUGACGUGUAUCCUGUCUCGUAUUCAGCUUAUGGUUAGAUCUUUUGGGGUUUUCAGAGGCAAUAUCACGUUGAACAAGGGAACUAGCAGGCAUUAGAACAUCUUUGCCAUCACAUGAUCUGUUUUAUUAGAAUUUCUCGCAGAAGACAAGCGGCUUUCUUACCAUUUAAUUUGACAUGGGAACAAGUCCAGUAAUUAAAUCAACUUAUUUGGUUAUAAAUCUUGCAAAGGUCCAGUCUUUCUCAAACAUAUUGGAGGCACCCAAAUCUUGUAUUUUUAUAUAUAAAAUUUGUAUUAAUUAUCACUUCGAAAUACCGUAAAUGAGAUUAAACACACACAGAGUGAUAGAACGAGUGGAUCUACCAUCACUUGGACAAAUCCAUGAGAUGUUACGCGAGGAAAACAUACUUCAGUUAUGUUCGUGGAAUGAGGUUAAACGGUAAACCGGAUGCACUAAAUGACUUCACUGGUUAACAAAAAAGUAGCACCUAAUCCAAGCAAUCAUCGUCUGAGUAAACCAGAAGCUAUAAAAUGCAGGCUUCCAUGAAUGAGUUGCUAGAGCGAGAAUAGAGACUUCAUGGGUAGUAAUUUGAAGAACGCUGUGAUUGCUCUCUUGGUGCCACUUCCUUCAGUUUUCUUCUACCUCUCCCUCCUUCACCAUUAUCAUACCAGCAUCAGUGAGGAUACUGCUCUUUCUCCUUUGUGGGCAUGGUGCGCUUACCACCCUCUUCUUUUGGCCAACAUUCUCUUCUUCUUCAACGUCAAUGUCCUCUUCUGGCUCAUCAGCCACAUCCAAUCCAGCCACUGGAUGAUAGAUCUCUACUGGACUGUGAUACCGAUAUUGCUGGUUUACUACUAUGCAACUUACCCUUUUGCUCAGUAUAACUGGCAGAGGUCAAGAAUUGUGAUAACAUUAACAUGGGUGUGGAGUUUGAGGCUUACGCAUAACUACUUUAGGCGGGAGAAGUGGCAAUGGGGUGCUAGAGAGGACUGGAGGUUCACUAAUAUGCGUGGCCAGUAUGGCAAGCACUGGUGCUGGAUUUCCUUUUUCUGUGUCUAUUUCUCACAGCAGGUUUUUCUGAUCGGAGUAUGUCUGCCGUUUUAUAUCGUUCACUCGCUUGAUAAGCCAUUGAAUAUCUGGGAUUUUGUUGCCGUUGUUGUCUGCAUAUGUGGUGUUGUCAUAGCAUACUUUGCUGAUACUCAACUCCAUGAAUUUGUGAUAAGAAAUAACAAAUUAAAAGAGCUUGGGAAGCCAAUGGUGCCCAACCUUGACAGGGGCUUGUGGUGUUACUCACGGCAUCCUAACUACUUCGGAGAGCAGUUGUGGUGGUGGGGACUGGUUAUUUUUGCAUGGAACCUGGGACAUGGAUGGACCUGUGUCGGUUCUCUCAUAAAUAGUUUUUGCUUAAUAUACGUUACUGUGCUUGUGGAGCAACGGAUGCUGAAACAACAGUACAGAGCUGAAGCAUACAGGUUGUAUCGGAAGACAACUUCAGUGUGGAUCCCCUGGUUCAAAUCAUCUGCCUUUACCAGCGAAGAUAAGAAAUAUUGAUCUGAUUUGCAUUCCACUGAUAAAUUUCAAUUGUUGUGCUUCUCUGAAUUAAUAAUAUAUUCUUGUUCCUCAGAAAUUGCUCAUGUGCUUUGUGUUUAUAUGAAUUAUUUGCUUGUAGCUAAAUAGACCACUUUGUGAAAUUGUAUAAAUUCCCUUUUUAUUUUGUAUGAAGCUUUACUUUGUCUGUUGAA